GUCAGCAGCGCGAUGAUAAUACACCACCCCACACUAGAUCCCGCAACGGAUCCCUUCCCAAGUGACAGAGUACUACGUUUUACCAUACACACAAUUGUUGAUAUAAGCUGAGGGUUUAAACAUCGAGGGUCCUUAUGAAGUCUCAUUUACAAGGCAAUAAAGAGCGUCUCGUGUCUGCAUAUAAAAGGAGUGCAAUCCAGACAGCCAUGGAGAGCCUCAGCAUCAGCAAGCACUAGUCCUGCCUUUCUCUCAAUAUACUUCUCUCUGCUACUCUGUCAAUUCUCAACUGCAUCAUGAAGUUCACUGCCAUUGCCUUCCUUGCCUCAGCCGCUCUUGCCCAGCAGCAGCAGGGUCCCGUGCACCGCAUGCAGGAUGUCCUGCCAACCCCACCUGCCACCAACAUUGCCCCGCAGUUCGAGAUGCCAGGCAUCCAGCCCAACAUUCCGGUUCCCAACGUCGAGGCAACUGAGCCCAUGCAGUCUGCUGUGGCCCGCCUGGCUUCGUUCUUUGACUUUUCGCACAUUUCGGGCGAGAGCACUGACACGCCGACGGUUGUCACCCAUGUGUUUGAUCCGGCUACGGGCAGGUUCACCCACCUGUCGUACAAUGUGGUGCAGAACGGCAACGCGUACUAUGUGCCGGUGUGCAGCGUCGACUCGAUUGUGCAGGCUGGGUCGUCGGCUGUUCCAGCCAGCGAUAGCUGCCAGUACGGCAUCCAGCUGAUGCCGGUGCCGCGCAAUGCGGCCAGCGUGAUGCUCAGGGCCAUGCGCAUGGUACUCAGGCUACUUGCACGCGUUCCGAGACUGCUGCCUGUGAUUCUGGGUGGCCAGCCUGGUGCUGGCGAGUACACCUUUGCGGACCAGCCACAGAUGUAG